GAUUCGGCCUCCUGCUCAUUGAAGGGGGAAAAAAAGAGGAAAUUGUGCGAGAGUGAUUUUUUUUGUUUCUCGGAGCAAAGAAAAACGCACCCCGACCUGGAGAGUUGAGUUUUAUUUUGUUUUUUUCUAUAUGUAUCCAUCUGUAUUUACCUAUCCAUAAACAUUUAUAAUCGAUCUGGAGAGAGAGGGAAGGGCUGGAUUUAUUUGCAAACCACAGGAAGAAGAAAAUACAAGAGAGAGAGGGGUUUGGUGCAACGCCGCGAUCACGGUUGUCUGCAUUUGUGAAGCUGUUGGUUCCAUUUGCAGUAUCAGUCAGUCCUGAGAGAAUGAAGGGAUUGCUGUGUCCCACCUGCUGAGCAUGUUGUUCUGGACAAAGAUGAAGCCUAUAAAAGGAAAGGAAGAAAAGAGCAGUAUCUUCUUCUGCAGCUUUCACCUUGUUGUUUGAACGAGUUCAGUUUUCAAGACCCCUGUCUUUCUAAGGACCUGCAAGUCCGGGAUUUCAGAUGUGUUCUAAGCCUGCUGGAGUGAUCACUCUUCAGGGUACUGAUGGAGACAAGAGCUCAGAAUGGCAGUGGGUCGCAGUCCUUGCUACAGGUUCAUCGUGACAGUGGGAGGCAGCAUGGAGAAUCUGACGUGAGAGAUGUUCUGACGCAACAGGUUCAUGUGUUGUCUUUGGACCAGAUCAGGGCCAUCCGCAAUACAAAUGAGUACACAGAGGGACCUACAGUGGCUCCAAGACUGGGUGUUAAACCUUCCCCUCGUCCAGCUGCCCAGCAGAAAAAUGAAAGACUGCAUGGCUUGUCUGAGCAUCGUCAUUUUAGAUUCCAGCAUCCGCAGAUACACACUUCUCCUCGGGCGCCUCUGUCCCGUUCCAUUAGCACAGUCAGCACAGGUUCACGGAGCAGUACAAGGACAAGUACAAGCAGUAUCUCAUCUGAACACAGACUUUUAGGAUCAUCUUCUGGGCCUGUUGCUGAUGGGAUAAUCCGGGUGCAGCCCAAGUCUGAGCUCAAGUCAAGUGAGCUGAAGCCUCUGAGCAAAGACGACCUGGGCAUGCAUGCCUAUAGGUGUGAGGACUGUGGGAAAUGUAAGUGUAAGGAGUGCACUUAUCCAAGGACCCUCCCAUCAUGUUGGAUCUGUGACAAGCAAUGUCUUUGCUCAGCCCAGAACGUGGUUGAUUAUGGGACUUGUGUUUGCUGCGUGAAGGGCCUCUUCUAUCACUGUUCUAAUGAUGAUGAGGACAACUGUGCUGACAACCCGUGCUCUUGCAGUCAGUCACAUUGCUGCACUAGGUGGUCUGCCAUGGGUGUUGUGUCUCUAUUUUUGCCUUGCUUGUGGUGUUACCUACCAGCCAAGGGUUGCCUUAAAUUGUGCCAGGGGUGUUAUGACCGGGUAAAUAGGCCUGGAUGCCGCUGUAAGCACUCAAACACCGUUUGCUGCAGAGUUCCAAAUGUCCCCCCUAGGAACUUUGAAAAGUCAACAUAGCAUCACUAAUCAGGAGUACUAAAGUAAUAAGAAUUAUUUUAACAUACAUAUGCAACCAACUAAACAGCUGUAAUUUUGGCACUGUAGUAGGAGGGUUGGGGAUAUACUUUGUUGUUUGCGGUGAAAUGCUUUUCUGUGUGUGCCAUCUUAACUGAUAUGCUUGUUAGAACCCAUCUAAUGGAGCUCAAAAAUGGGAUACAGUACUUUGUGAUCCACAUAUUGCAUAAGCUAAAGCAACGUAGACACUCCUAGGCAACUCUGUCAUUUGUGAAUAGUACUUGCAAGAUUUGUAAAUUAGUUAAUGACUCCUUUUUCUGCCAGAGAUAAUGUUCUAUAUUUUUGUAUAUACGAUAAUAUUUUCAACUGUGAAAAACAAGUGGUGUCAUAGAACAUGGCACGGUCACAAAAUAUACUAAUAUGUUGUACAUUCGGAAGAAUGUGAAUCAAUCAGUAUGUUUUUAGAUUGUAUUUUGCCUUACGGAAACCCUCUAUUACAAGACUCUGAUUUCCCUUUGGACUUCAUGUAUAUUGUACAGUUACAGUAAAAUUCAGCCUUUAUUUUCUAAUUUUUUCAACAUAUUGUUUAGUGUAAAGAAUAUUUAUUUGAAGUUUUAUUAUUUUAUAAAAAAAGAAAUAUUUAUUUUAAGAGGCAUCUUACAAAUUUCAUCCCUUUUAUGAGAACGUCAUAGUUGCUGCAAAUAAGGGGUGACAGAUGCAUAUGUUCACUAUAAAAUAGAAAAAUAUAUUAACGUUUGAAAUUAAA